CUUCACCCUUGACUCCUUGAGAGACUACUGAGUACUGUCUGGGUAACUGGGUUGCCAUGGCUGUGCUUUUUUUAAUACAGUUUCCGCCAGGGGACGGUCCAUCGUUAUAAACGUUUUUGCGUGCCUGCGACCACACAAACUUGAAAAUGUGCCUGAAUAAAAACGUCUUCGUGCAACAUUGAAUACAGCCUUGUCACCCUACGGUGAGACAGAGCUGGCUCCAGAUUCGCAAACCUGGAGCUUGGCACCUGGAGCCACACAGCUGGAGCCGUUUAGCUCGUCAUCACUUUAAUGACCCUUGGCUUCCUCAAUGCAGUUUUACGAAGAGAAACGAUGAGAGAUUUAAAUAGAAUAAUAAUUUAUUUAAUUUAAGUAGAUCACACAAUGACUAAACAACAAACACGAAAACGUGCAUCUCAGACGAACGGAGUUUCCGGGAAAAAUGUCAAGCAAUCAAGACCGAGAUCAAGACUACAGGCAACCGAUCGGGAAGAAUCUAAAUCUGGGGUCAAUUAUUUACGUUUCGCAUGUAUUGGUGUUAUUGUUCUUUGUAUGGCAUGUAGUGUUGUCUUGCUGUGGAAAAAUCAAAAUUUUGACAGUGGCGCUAAUUCCACACAGCAAAAUGUAGCACAAAAAGAUGAAACUAACCCCCCCAGAGAACAUUCAAAACAUGAUGAUGUAAAAUCUGGGAACAAAAAAGGUAUCAAAGAUAUUUACGUUUAUAUAGUUUUAACUCAGUCUAUUAAAGUUUACUUAGUACUUAGGAGCUGAUUACAUGGAGCUUUUUCAACCCCGGGGCUGAAUUCAGCCCUGUUGACCAGGCUGAAAAACCCUCUUUAAUUUAACCCAUUAUUAAGUGCCAGCGCUCUCCCCUUGACAAGUAAAAUUAUCUGGUGUUAGACAGAGUAAAAUAAUAAAGUAGGGCGCAAUGUGACUCGGGUUAAAUCGAAUGCAUGUUUACAUGGUAAAAGUUUCAGACCAGGGCAGAGUUCAACCCAGGGCUGAAAUUUCAACCCGGUUUGAGCUACCUGAGUUGAAAUUUCAGCCCUGGGUCAAAAUUAUACACCCAUGUAAUUGUUUCAUUUCAAUUUGUGUAGCUCAAACCAGGCUGAAAAUUUAGCCCUGGGUCAAACUCAGCCCAGGGCUGAAUAUUUUGCCUUGUAUAAUCAUGCAUUCGAUUUAUUAAAAGAGAGUUUUAUAAUAAGGCGGGGAUGAAAUUUCAACCUGGUCAACAGGGCUGAAUUCAGCCCCGGGGUUGAAAUUGUCCAUAUAAUUGAAAAAAAUUUCAGCCCUGUCAACAGGGCUGAAUUCAGCCCCGAGAUUGAAAAAGCUUGAUGUAAUCAACCCCUUAAGAAUAUAGUAUGCUUCUGGCACAUAUGCAGUGGCCCAAGUUGUCCUAGUGUGAGACCAUAGAGGCUGGGGGCAUAUGAGCAGCUGAGAGGUUGAAUGGGGAAAAUCUUUCCCAGGCGGUCCCAUAUAAUUUUGUCAGGGGCGGCCCCUAUGAUGUGAUCACAAUAAAACAGGAGAAGCAGUGUUGUCCAAUAUACUAUAAUUAUUAAUAUACAUUUUAUUGCAAUAUUAUCCAGCAAUGAUGCAGCUAAGAUUUAUAUUCCCAGUUUCAGUAAUCUAGAGUGAUGUAUCAAGAAAUUUAAGCCACUUCAUCACUUUAGGGGCACCUUUUGAGCUGGGGACCUUUCUAUUUUUUUCAAAUGCCUAGAAAAAGUGUUGGGGGGGGGGAGCAGGGCCAUAUCGACUGGGGGGGGAUAAUAGAAUAAUAGUGGUACAAAUUGACCAUCGCGACUUUUAUAUAUGAUUAUAUAUGUCUGGAAAACUUUUUAUAUUGAACCACCCCAAUGCACCCCUGGUAAAAUUAUUAACAAAGCAUAUAUCAGGUAGAUCCCCCCCCAAAUGAGGACUGCUUGCAACAGCCCUGGGGAGGGGGGGGGGUGUAAGAAGAAAAUGUUCUAGGAACAUACAUCAACAGUCUUUACCACUUGUCACUUGGAUUGGUAGUUCUGUUGCAUAGACCCCUGUGUCAGUUAUGAGAGUAUAGAAAACAUGCCAAAAGCACAUUAUGCCAAUAUGCCAGGCUGUUGAAAGAGAAGAAUCUCACAUUAUGAUACCAAGCUAUAUUGAUUGAUUGAUUGAUUAUUUCUUACAAACUGUCGUAAAUACGAAUUUCAUGGCAAAAAAAACGUUGCAAUAAUAAUAAAGGUCACGGGAAUUUCAAGAGAUAUCAUGAUAUGGUUAAAUCUCGGACAAUACGUACGUUAGGGUGUGAUGGAAACUGGUGAUGUUCGUAUUUCAGAAUUGAUUUUGUUUAAUUUUCAUUAGGAUUACGAUUUUGCCCAAUUCAACAAAUGAUUGUGAUUUCAAAUUUCCUAAACUGUUUGCCAUAUAACUUGCAUGUUAUUUGUUUAAUUUGUUUUCCCGCUUCCAUCCACGGAAGAAAGAGACAUGUAUAAAUUAAAGUAGGAUUGGAUCGCUAGUUGGACCAGACCCGGACCUGACCCUAAUUUAAACUUAACCCGGACCCGAAGCGGACUACUGAUCCGGUGGGACUUUUAUACCUACCUGGAAGAAAGCGAUGGAUGAUCUUGAACACGCAAGGAGGGUACGUACACUCCCUGCGGUACCAGUGAGUGAGGUCUGUACCCAGUCCCUCCUCUCUUGGUGCUGCUACGCAACCUAGGGUUGGUACUGAUGAGGACAGUCAUUGAAAUUUUGGCGAGGUGGAGAAAUGCGGUUUAUUGGAAAUCCAGUGGGUUGUCGGAAAUUCAGGAGGUUUUGUCCCACCACCAGAAAAAGUGAAUAAAUUGUCUGCCACUGGAUGAGAAAUUAGUUGGAUGACUUUUCUACUAAAUCAACGAUUGGCUAAUACAAUUCCGACUUAUUCUGGCCGCAUUUUGUGCAGUGAAGUAAAUUCUUGCCAAUCAGCCAUUCAUUGUAUAUGUCUUGUAACACAAACAAGACGGAAAUAAGGGGAUUUACUAAGUGGGACAAUGUAGCAAUAUUCGACAUAUAUAUAGGUACAUGUACAUACAGGGUGCAACUGCAGUACUGGUGCAGUCAUCUUGAACCUUGAGGAUGCGGAAAUGUAGAUGUUAUAUACUAUUUUCAGAUUCACUCUGGUACUAACUGAGGUAUACUUAAAUAAUGAACAGUGAUUAGUGCUGUACCUAAAUAUUAUGAUUUACCUUUUCAGCAGAGACAGAAACUAGUCGCGGAUUUCCUGACUCAGAGGUUUAUAAAAACUUCAGGCCUCACAUUCUGAACAAAUUACAAGUAAAGUCAACCAAUGUUGCUGGAACGACGGUCAAAGUUAAACCGUUACAUCAUAGUCACAAAGAUAGUUCGGUCCGUGCUUAUGUUUUAGAAAAAUUUCUUAGUGCUUAUGAAUGUGAUGCAUUGGCAGGCGCACAUGACAGCCAUGUAACGCAAACCUCGAAACGUAAUCCAUUACUGUGCUUUGACUCUGUGAAAACAUUCAGACAGAAUUUAAAGGAAGUUGGUCUGAAGAUUCAGGUUAGCAGUGCCGAUUUUCUGGAAGGGACAACGUGUAUAAAUGAAAGUCUAUCACUGCUUGUGAGGAAACAUGGCUUGAAGUGGAGCUACAGUACUUCAUUUUAUCCUGGUGAAAGUAAGUUUUCUCUCACACUGCAAGAGAGAAUAAAACAAGCGACUGGUUUGGCUCCAGAGAAUGGAGGGAAAUUUCAAAUUACAUCAUAUCCACGAAAUGUUGGUAUGUACUGUAUUUAAUGAUAGACCUGUUCAGAUAAUUGUGAUCUUUUAUCACUCUUUCUUGGGCCAACCCUCUAGACACCAAUAAAUUCUGUCUUAGGCAUCCUUUUUAAUGCCCCCCACAUCUUUUACCACAUGUUUGUGGUAUUUCUAUUGCAUGUAUCCGUAUACUAACAUGACUAGAUCUUCCUUCCCUUCUCUAAUAACGACCCCGAAUCAUUGCAUUCUCGAUCGGUCUCUUGUCUUCUCUGAUUUCCGCACUUAUAUAUCAUCAUUAAAUCUUCGUCUGUCUUUCCAGAACAGACCAAGCAUCCACCACAGCAUUGAUUUCGUUUUUCUGUUUUAUCCUACAGCUGCUGUUUUUCUUCGAUCGUCGUAAAAUCCAUGUCUCUACUCAUACACUACACGCGUAUAUAUUUCACAUCUUGUCAACAAGAUGCUAUUCGCAGCAGAUUACAAGCAAACUUGACAACAAGAUGUAACUGUUAAUUAAUGCACAUUGACAGAACAAACUUCAUAACCCCCUCUCCCCCAGUUCAAUGUUGUAAACAACGCCGGAACAACUUUUGGUAAUUUACCAUGACAUAAGUUCAACAUUGAGUCGGGGGAGCGGGGGCUUAAAGGGGCAGUGUCACGGUUCUACUGCGCAUCCAAAAUAUGCGCGAACUUGAAAAACUGUCUGCCAACAAUCAAGUUAGGAGUGAAAUACGAUAUGCUAUUUAUAAUCCCUUUGUUAUGCAGGACAUCCUUGCUUUGUUUUAAAAAUUGAAGGCUGCUGCAUUUUUUCCAAUCAUGUAGCAUUAAUUUUAAACGUUUCUUUGCCCCGUUUAUUUUAGCCAAUCAGCGCCGUGACACUGCCCUUUUAACAACAUGAUUCAACAUGGAAUUUAUUAUAAGAGGUAUGCAGAUUUUGUAUAGAGGGAAAGGUAGUCUCAACCAGUUAUGUCCAAGAUUGAAGCUUGUCAACAAGCUGUAGUGUUGUCACUUGAAACUAUAGCAACUUGUUAGUUUCAAGUUGUUACAAGAUUGUGACUCACAACUGUCGAAUUGCAGGACGAUAACAAGUUGUUGAAACAACUUGUAACUAGUUUUUUGAGUCAACAACCCAUGCAACAAUGCGAAGGCAACGUGUCAACACCUGGGGACAAGCAUUGCGAACACAUCCUGAUAACAAGCUGUUGAAUCAGCAUUAGUGCAGUACAAAUUUGCUGCAGGUUUGUUACAAGUCGUGCGUUUUUACAAUUUACUGUACGUGCACAAAACAUAUCACGGUCAUAAGCAGGGUGCAGUAAAACAAUGUGUUGCGCGUGGUGAAGUGGAAUGUCGUUAGAGUGAGUGUGUUGUGUUGUGUUGUGUUGUGUUGGAUAUGAAGAUGCCUAAUGUCACAGAAGUGAGACUUGAUAUACACUCAAAAACGCACAACUUGCGGUAACAAACCUGCAGCAGACUUGUACAAAAUUGCAUCAACAACUUGUCAUCAGGACGUGUUCUCACAACUUGUACCCAGCUGUUGUGACAGACGUCUUGCAACUGGUUGACAGACUAAUAAAAAGGUUGUUGUGACACAGCCGAAGAUAACAAGCUAGCCUGAGUAUCAAAUCUAACAAGUUUCAACAAGCUAACAAGUUGCAACAAGAUUGCAGCUCAAACUUGCCACAGCUUAAUAAAAUGACCAGCUUGUUACAACUUGCUAACAAGAUGUGAACGUUAAACAUUUAUGUAAAAGUACAGUGUAUUUAAUUUAGGCUACAAAAAUCAUACAGACUGUGUCCUUGACCAAGAAGAGAAGCGCGAUCGUUAUGCGACGAUAUUGGUGUAUUUAAAAGACGUAGCUGAAGGUGGUGAAACAGUAUUUCCAGAGCUAGGUUUGAGUGUUACUCCUAAGAAAGGUCUGGCGUUAGUCUGGAACAGUAUGACUGAAGAUGGACAGUGUGAUCCAAGCUCGAUUCAUAACGCUGCUCAAGUUAUUCAAGGACAUAAAUAUAUUUUACAAAGAUGGUAAGAGCUAUGAAGCGCUGUGAUAUAAGACACGAUUUCACUCGCUACUCUGGAUUAACUGAUAAAUAUAUUUAAUAAUUUUAGGAUAUCGUUAUGUAAAUUGUAUUCACGACCCAAAGUUUGAACCCUCGAUCGUCUAGCUGCUAUAUAUCAUCCCUAUUCAAGUCAUGAUUCAUAUUUAUGUGCAUCGCUUGCAAGCAGUGCUUUUUUGACCAUAAAGAUUCCUGUGGUAAUGACUCAGGACUUAUUCCAGGCAGUCGCUUUUAUUAUUUGACACAUGGCAUGCCAUUGAAGCAAAUUUGUCACUAACCCGAGUAUCGGGCUUCACUUUUAUCUAUACCCGCAUCCAAAGAAGGGGAAAAGAACUGAUACCUAAUAUUUGUCGGCUUUUUCGUGUUUCCUUGGGCUAACGUGGUUGUUGAACGCGUUUAAGGUGUCAAAGGACCAACGAUUCACCCUGACCAAAGGAAAUACUCUUCAGGUGAUUGUGGAAUCCCUAGGGGUUUGCUGGAUGAGGUUUCUCAUGUACCAGAUUCUUCUUAAAAGUUCGGAAGCCUAUUGUCAACCUGCUCCUGGCAACCCGUCUCCUUAUUUUUAGACAUGCAGGUUAUUUUUGUUCAUAUAUGUAAAACAUUUGCUAUUUUUUAGGUAUUAUUAUCAGAAUUUCCCCAGUCUUGGAAAACGAAUGCCAGAACCAUCUCUUCCCAACCGAGAAGCAAAUCAACCAAGAGUAUCAUGCGAUCAGUAUGAAUUUGGUAGUUGUCGAUGGUAUGACGAGUGGAAUUAUGAUCACAUUACGGAGUACGUAAGAAACCAACACAAAUAUGUAUAAUAUACAACACCAUCAAGUUAAAGGGUCAUGAUCAACCACAAUGCAAUGUGCGCUUUUGUUUACGUUUUUCAGUUACUCUCCUCAAUAGUUCCCGCCAUUUUCGAGGCCACAAAAAUGGCUGCCUCUGGCCCACAACGUGACAGAAACGUAAACAAACACACACAUUGCAUUGUGGUUGAUCAUGACUCUUUAACUUCAAAUAGUUCUUAAACUUUAAGUGCGUCACUAAAAUGGCCAGGUUACAUCACAGUAAACCUCUUGUAUUACCUUAAUUAAAUGGAUAUAGAGGUGAACGUUUUGCUCCAUUUCUCUAUUUUCUAAAUUGUCGUCGUGUUCGGAACAAUAAAAUUGCUUCGUUUUGGAGAACUUUCCUCGCAUAUCGUAAAAAUCUCAACUGAUCGAUCUUUUCAACAAGAUGUGUUCGCAACAUACAACUUGUUCACAAGCUUGCUACAACUUCUUGAAAACCGGCUUAAAAUUUAUAUAAAAAACUUUUUAAC